GUGUAAUUUUUAAAGCAUCAUAUGGUCGAUUUCAAGAUCAUUAUAUGCUGUAUAGUCCACAUCUUCACAUUUUAAACAUUUUCUUUUAGUCCACUUCUUAGGGGAAUCGAACUUCCUCAACGUGUAAACGGAUGGGGGAAUAGUGAUUUAAUGAAUUGUGGAAGAAGUAAGAACUUACAGCUACAGAGUAGAUACCAGAAACCAAAGAAGCAAAGGACCAAGGUUUCUUCUUGUGUUAUUCACUUAUUCUCUGCAUGCUUCGCGUUCCUUGCUUUUUGGUUUGAUUCUGCCAUAGAUAUCUUUCUCUGUACAACUUUCUGACCACUCGAGUGCAUUUGAUUUAUGUUGUUAUUUUAAUCAAACACAUCCUUUCUUCAAGAACAAGCAUCAUUUCUCACUAGCUUUAGAAAACUCAGCAUGGAUAUCACCAUAUGAACAGUUCUCUUUGACCGCCUUUUUCCUCUUUCUCUUCUUGCUCAAGAACUGUCAUCAUCUCUCUGAUUAAGGAUUUGAAAAAAGAGAAGUUUCCAAGCUUUUCAUCCUGCUUCAUUGAAACAGAUGUACAUGAUGGAGCGAAGGCUUGGUCUCUGGGCCAUGUUCUGCAGAGCUUCAGUAUGCUGGGAUGGGUAUGGAAAGGAAUGUCGGUCAGCCCUCAUCGACCUAAUCGAUCCAAACUCGUGUCUUAGUCAUGUCAUCACACUUUGCAUAGACCUCCUUGUACUGCUCAUCACCUCAUUCAUCUUCAUCUGCAACAAGUCAGCAGCAGCAAGCAACUGGAAGAAGCUCACCACAGCUCAUGGACCACCCUCACAAACCUUCUCCAAGCUGCUGAUUUCCUCUGCCAUCUUCAAUGGCCUGAUCAGCAUGAUCUAUUUCGGUUUUGGUUUAUGGGAACUCUCCAACGGUAUCUUGCCGCUGAAAGGAUGGAUGGUGUUGCUCUUCCAAGGCUUGGCUCUCUUGAUGCUGAAUCUGUGCUUAUGCCUGAAUGGUAAUAGAAAGCAAACCAAUUCCCGAGUUGCAGUAGUCAUGAAGUUUUGUUCAGCUUUGGCCUUCUCUCUUGUCUCUGCCUUUCUCUGCUUCACUACUCUUUGGCAAGUCAUAAUUGGGGAGAAGAAGGCUGUGUCUGCUAAAAUGGUGAUAGAUAUCUUGUCCUUUCCCGGGGCAGUUCUGCUUCUUUCAUGUGCCUUCCGGAGGGAAAUCACUUCUCAGCCCUACCAUGAACCUUUGCUUGGGGAAGAAGAAAUCGCAUCGUAUUCUAAUGAUUAUGAUGAUGAAAAGGUCAGCCCUUUUGCCAAAGCUGGAUUCUUUAGCAAGCUUUCGUUCUGGUGGCUGAAUCCACUGAUGAAAAAGGGCAAAGAGAAAGUUCUUGAAGAUGAGGACAUCCCACUACUCAGAGAGCAAGAUCAAGCCAGAACAUGCUACUCAACUUACUUGGAGAGGUUAAGCAAAUGGAGAGUCAAAGAAGGAUCAACAAAUGAGCCACCACCUGCACUAUGGUCAACACUACUUUCUUGCUACAAGAAUGAAAUUCUGCUAUCUGGGUUCUUUGCAUUGCUGAAGAUACUAGCUCUCUCCGCCGGCCCUUUGCUGCUAAAAGCUUUCAUUCGUGUCGCUGAACACAAGCUAGAUUUUAAACAUGAGGGCUAUGUUCUUACAUUGGCACUUCUCUCAGUAAAAUGCAUCGAGUCAAUCUCAGAGAGGCAAUACGACUUCCAAACAAGAUCUGUUGGGGUUCGAAUGAGGUCUCUAUUAUCAGCAGCCAUCUACCAGAAGCAACUAGUUCUAUCCAAUGCUGCCAAGCUCACUCAUUCCCCUGGUGAGAUUAUGAGCUAUGUCACAAUAGAUGCAUAUAAUAUAGGAGAAUUUUCAUAUUGGUUUCAUCAGACUUGGACUACUGGCCUCCAGCUAUUCCUCGCGUUGCUCAUCGUCUACUAUUCCGUCGGAAUGGCAACAAUAGCAGCUUUAGUGGCCGUUGUGCUAACAGUGAUUGGAAGCUCCCCUUUGACCAAAUCACAGCUUACUUAUCAAACAAGGAUCACCCAGCAGCAGGACAGAAUGCUUAAAGCGAUAACUGAGGCUCUUGCUAACAUGAAGGUGUUGAAAUUGUAUGCUUGGGAGAACCAUUUCAGGGAAGUGAUAGAUACAAUUAGGAAAGAAGAGCUUGUUUCCAUUUCCAUGGUGCUUUUGCAUAGAGGUUGCAUGAUGAUGCUGUUUUGGUCAAUUCCACUGAUAGUCUCAGCAGUUACAUUCUGGGCUUGCUACUUGCUUAGCAUUCCACUAGAUGCUAGCAAUGUUUUCACAUUUUUGGCAACAUUGAGAAUCGUUCAGGAGCCAGUUCGAAUGUUUCCUGAUGUGGUUACUAAGUUCAUAGAAGCUAAAGUUUCAUUGGACCGAAUAGGAAAGUUUCUCGUGGCGCCUGAGUUGCAGCACAGGAGCAUUAGGAAAAAGGGCAACAGCAACAGCAGCAGCACAAAUCCCGUCUUCAUCCAAUGUACUGAAAUUUCAUGGAGCAUGGAGGCUACUAAAUCUAAGGCUACAUUGAGGAACAUAAACAUGGCGGUGAAAUCGGGCGAGAAGGUGGCCAUCUGUGGAGAAGUUGGCUCAGGGAAAUCGACACUGUUGGCUGCAGUCCUUGGAGAAGUUCCCACAAUCAAUGGAAUAAUUAAUCUUCAUGGGAAAAUAGCAUAUGUUUCUCAAACGGCAUGGAUUCAAACUGCAACGAUAAGAGAGAACAUCUUGUUUGGGUCUUCCAUGGACCCGGUUAGAUACCAAGAAGUCGUCAAGAGGUGCUCCCUGGUGAAGGACAUAGAAAUGCUUCCAAAUGGGGACUUAACUGAAAUUGGAGAAAGAGGAGUUAACCUUAGUGGAGGGCAGAAGCAAAGGAUUCAACUUGCUAGAGCUUUGUAUCAGGAUGCAGAUGUUUACCUCUUGGAUGAUCCAUUUAGUGCUGUUGAUGCACAUACUGCAACCAGUCUAUUCAAUGAAUAUGUGAUGGAAGCUCUAUCAGCGAAGACGGUUUUACUCGUGACCCAUCAAGUUGACUUCCUUCCAGCAUUCAACUUGAUUCUGUUAAUGUCUUCAGGUGAAAUCUUGCGAACCGGUACUUACGAUGAGAUGCUAGAUUCCUGUCAAGAGUUCAAUGAACUGGUUAAUGCACACAAAAAGACAACAACUGAAGGGAGAAAAAGCCAUCAGGGUUCCACUGGAGAGACUGCAACUACAAUUUCCUCCACGGAGAUAAAACAAGUUGAUAAGAGAGAACACAAUUUAGCAGCACCAGGAGAUCAUCAGUUGAUAAAGAAGGAAGAAAGGGAAACAGGUGACACUGGUUUCAAGCCUUACAAGGACUACUUGAGCAAGAAGAAAGGGUUCACGUUCUUCUUCUUGUCAGUCCUUUUCCAAUUCGUGUUCACCGUCGCCCAACUGUUACAGAGCUAUCUAUUGGCUGCUAAUAUUCAGAAUCCUGGAAUGAGUAGAGUGACACUGUUCAGUCUCUACACUGCCAUUGGAUGUGCAUUGCCACUCUUCAUGUUCUUGAGGGCCCUCUCCAUGGUUAGACUUGGUUGCGAAGCUUCAGAAUCGAUCUUCUCCACGCUCGUCCACUCAUUGUUCAGGGCACCCAUGUCCUUCUAUGACUCUACCCCUCUGGGAAGAAUACUCAGCCGGGUUUCUUCCGACUUAAGCAUCAUAGACCUUGAGCUGGCAUAUAAGUUAACAGUAUCAGUGGGAUCAACUUUGAAUGCAUACACUAUCUUGGCCCUUUUAGCAACUCUAGCAUGGCCUGUCUUGUUCAUUAUUUUCCCCGUCCUUUAUCUAAUCAUGGUCUUACAGAGAUACUACUUCAACACUGCGAAAGAGCUAAUGAGGAUCAACGGGACAACAAAGUCAUCCGUUGUGAGCCAUCUCGCUGAAUCCAUCGCUGGAGCCACGACGAUCAGAGCUUUCGAGGAGGAACAAAGGUUCUUUACAAAGAACCUUGUUCUCGUUGACAGCAAUGCAAGCACUUACUUCCACACCUUCUCCGCGAGCCAGUGGUUGAUCCAACGACUCGAGAUCCCUUGCGCAAUCGUUCUCUCAGCUUCAGCACUCGCCAUGACUUUGCUUCCUCUUGGUGAUUCUGCUUCAGGGUUGGUUGGGAUGGCACUCUCAUAUGGUCUGUCACUCAAUGUGUUCCUCAUAGUAGCAGUGCAUUACCAGUGCUUCACAGCAGAAUCAAUCAUUUCAGUAGAAAGGCUAGAACAGUAUAUGCACAUUCCUAGUGAAGCUCCACAGGUGAUUGAGGGUGGAAGGCCUCCAUCCAACUGGCCAAGCCAUGGCCAAGUGGAGAUCUGUAACUUAAACGUGAGGUAUCAGAAGAACAGUCCACUGGUUCUCCGUGGCAUAAGCUGCAGGAUCGAGGGAGGGGACAAGAUUGGGAUAGUUGGAAGGACUGGGAGUGGGAAGACAACUCUCAUCAGUGCAUUGUUCAGGCUAGUGGAGCCAACAGAAGGAAGGAUUGUCAUAGAUGGGAUUGACAUCUCCACAAUAGGACUCCAUGACCUAAGAUCACACUUUGGGAUCAUCCCACAGGAGCCAACCCUCUUCUGUGGUACUGUGAGGUACAAUCUGGACCCUUUGUCUCAGCAUACUGACCCAGAAAUAUGGGAGGUUCUGCAGAAAUGCCAGCUCCGGGAAGCCAUUCUGCAGAAGGAAGAAGGUCUGGACACAUCAGUUGCAGAAGAAGGAUCGAAUUGGAGCAUGGGGCAGAGGCAGCUGUUCUGCCUGGGGCGAGCGCUGCUGAAGCGAAGCAAGGUUUUGGUGCUGGACGAAGCAACAGCUUCCAUUGACAACACCACAGAUGCGAUCCUUCAGAGGAUCAUCAGAACAGAGUUUGCAGAGUGCACCGUCAUCACUGUAGCUCACAGAAUCCCUACUGUCAUGGACAGCACCAAGGUUCUUGCCAUCGCCGACGGGAAGUUGGCAGAGUAUGACGCACCGGAAAAUCUGAUGAAUGAAGAAGGCUCCCUCUUUCGCCAACUUGUGCAGGAGUUUUGGUCACAUUCUACAAAUAACUAGAGGGGAAAAAAGAAGAAGAAGAAGAAGACUGCUUUGUCCAUGGAAUUGGUCCAUGAAUUUUUUGCAAGCUUAUUCUUUUUCUUGUUGCUUGAUUGAGGUGUGGUUUUUCUUGUCAUCAAAUCUAUUGUGCAAUAAAUAAUAGACUUCAAA